AUGAAUCCCCUCUGGAAGGUGUACAAGAGUAAGGUGAUGAAGACCAUCAACCCGGAAGGUGAAGAAGACGCUGCGACUGAGAACAGCGAGCCAGACUGUAACAUGACGCCGAUCGAGGAGGACGAGGGCCCCAGCGCCAUGUCCCAGCUGGCCAAGAAGAUGCAAGGUGCGGGGGCCAAAGGCUGGAAGAGCAUGUCUGCUCUCUUCAACAAGGAGGACGAGCACCAGCUGCUGGAGUCAGAGGGCCAGACGGCAGCUGACCACCCACUGGCAGUGAAGCCCGAGGAGCCGCGGCCGACCAAGCGGGGCACGGGAUUCUGGGAUAGCUUCGCCACCAAGUGGCAGCAGGAGGCCUCCGCCAGGCAGGCCGCGACCGUGGCUUCAGCGGAGGAGGGGGGCGCGGGCGGGGAUGCGGCGCAAGAGGAGGGGAGCGAGGCCGGAGGGAGGGGCCAGGAGAGGGAGGCUCAGCAGGAGGGGGAGGAGAGCGAAGGCGGAGGGGGAGGAGUCAGCGGGAACAGCUUCUCCAAGUACGCCUCCCUGGGCGGGGGAGGGGAGGAGUCUGCCUUCAAGUGGAACUUUGUCACCAGCAAACUGGCCGAGCUGAAGACCAAGAGUCUGGCCAAGACCAACUAG